AUGAGUUUGAGUAGGGAAGUAUCUGGCAAAGAGACUGCUACAGAUACUGCUACAGAUACUGGAUCUAGUUCAAGUUUAUCAGUACAAGAACCAGUAGAAAUUAAUGAUGUAUUUCCAUCCUCAUUAUCAAUGGAUGGUGCUGCUAGUGGCAUAAAACUAGAAAAAAUUGAUACUUUAACAUCUGCCAGUGAAUCAGGUCCAGAAAUUAAUAGAAGGCUAUCACGUAUUUUAACAGGUACAGGUGACACUGAAGGUGAAGCUUUAAGAGAUGAAACUCAUAUUGAUUAUUCUCAUGCAUUGCCAAUGGGUGGUGGUAGACCUUAUCCGCCUGGAUUACCAGAUAGAGAUCAAUUUCAAGUUACAUUCGAUGGUCCGGAUGAUCCUUUACAUCCAUUUAACUGGACUACUACGAAAAAGGUAUUCCUUUGUACAGUUUUAUGUCUUGAUUGUAUUGCCAUUACUAUGGGUUCUUCUAUUUUUGGUUCGGGUGUCCUUCAAUUAAAUGAAGAAUUUCAUGUUAUUACUGUCGUUUCUGUUUUAGGUAUUACUUUAUAUGUUUUAGGUUUCGCUGCAUCUCCGAUUAUUUAUGCACCAUUAUCAGAAUUAUACGGUAGAAAAGGUGUCAUCAUUCUAUCUGCAUUCGGUUUCUCGGUCUUUCAAUUUGCUGUCGCUGUUUCAAAGGAUUUCCAAAGUAUUAUGAUUUGUAGAUUUUUUGGUGGUCUAAUUGGUGCAGCUCCUAUGGCAGUCGUCCCUGCCUGUUUUGCUGAUAUGUUCGAUACAAAUAUGAGAGGUAAAGCUAUUGCAUUGUUUUCCUUAGGUGUGUUUGUAGGUCCAAUUUUGGGUCCUGUUAUGGGUUCAUAUAUCGUUCAACAUACUACUUGGAGAUGGUUAGAAUACGUUAUUGGUUGUUUCUCCGCUGCAAUUUUUGUUGCAUUACUCUUUUUUAUGGAAGAAACCCAUCAUCCUUCUAUUUUAGUUAACAAAGCUAAACAAAUGAGAAAAGCUACAAACAACUGGGGUAUUCAUGCCGCUCAUGAAAGUGUUGAAUUAUCUGUUAAGGAUAUUGUUCAAAAAACUGUCACUAGACCAAUUGUGAUGUUAUUCCGUGAACCGAUCUUAUUGAUUAUUACUAUUUACAAUUCUUUUGUCUACGGUAUUCUAUAUCUGUUAUUAGAAGCUUAUCCAAUUGUCUUUGUCGAAGGUUACGGUUUGAGAGUCAAUGGUGAAUUGCCAUAUAUCGCUUUGAUUGUUGGUAUUAUGAUCUGUACUGUUUUCAUUUGGAAGAUGGAUGCAUUCUAUUUGUCCAGAGUUAGAAAAGCAGGUGGUUUGGUACCUGAAGCAAGAUUAUAUCCAAUGAUUGUUGCAGGUGUAGUUUUCCCAAUUGGUAUUCUAUGGUUCUGUUGGACAGGUUACUAUCCUCACAAAAUUCAUUGGAUUGUUCCAACAAUUGCUGGUUCAUUUAUUGGUUUUGGUUUAAUGGGUAUUUUCUUGCCAUGUUUGAACUACAUUAUUGAAUCCUAUUUGUUUUUAGCUGCUUCAGCUGUUGCAGCUAAUACAUUUAUGAGAUCUAUGUUUGGUGCAGUUUUCCCAUUAUUUGCCGGUUACAUGUUCCAUAACAUGGGUACAGGUUGGGCCGGUUUAGUUUUAGGGUUAUUUGCAGCAGCAAUGAUACCAGUUCCAUUGCUAUUACUAAAAUACGGUAAGGCAAUUAGACAAAAAUCUAAGUUUGCUUAUUCCGGUUAG